AUGUCAACGGGCAGCGUUAAGGAGACGGUCACCACUUCCGAUGUCUCCAAGAUGGCAGUAGCAAGCGACGCCGCGCUCGGCUCCACGCCGUGGCACCACGUCAAGGAGAUGCUCGCCGGCGGCGUCGCGGGCGUGACGGCGAAGACGGCCGUGGCGCCGCUCGAUCGAGUGAAGCUCCUCCGACAGGUGGGAGGUGGGGCGGCGCCUGCCGGCACCAGCGCCUUCAGGACACUCCUCGAGAUCACCCGCCGCGAGGGCCUCAGGGGGCUCUACCGCGGGAACGGCACCAACGCGCUACGCGUGUUCCCUUCCAAGGCGAUCCACUUCAUGGCGUACGAGCAGUACCGGAGCUGGCUCCUCGGCGCCGUCCCCUCGCUCGGCGGCGGUCCGGUCGUGGACCUGCUUGCCGGCUCGGCCGCCGGCGGCACGUCGCUGAUAGCCACGUACCCUAUCGACCUCGCACGCACCAGGCUCGCCUGCCGUGCCACCGACGCGGGCGUCUCCGGCGUGCUCCGGAGCGCGUACGCGGAGGGCGGCGUCCGCGGCAUGUACCGUGGCGUGUGCCCGUCGCUGGCGCGCGUGCUCCCGACCGCCGGGCUCCGCUUCUACGUGUACGAGGCGCUGAAGCGCCGGCUCCCAGAGGACUACGAGGGGCGCGUGGAUGCCAAGGUGGUGUGCGGGAUGGCAGCGGGUCUGGUGGGCAACACGGCGACGUACCCGCUGAGCGUGGUGCGGCGGCAGAUGCAGCUCGGCGGCACGGGCACGGGGACGGCGGUCACCGGGGCGCUGCAGGGCGUCCGGGCCAUCGCAAGGGCGCAGGGGGCGCGGCAGCUGUACUCGGGGCUAGGGCUCACGUUCCUGAAGGCGGCGCCGUCAGCGGCCAUCGGGCUGGUGGCAUACGAGGAGAUGAAGGCUCUGCUCAACCUGCCAGACAGCCAUCACUAA